AUGACCACCCAUAGCGCUUAUGAAGCCCAGCAGGGCCUCCUCAACGAUGCGUAUCGCUUCGUGUCCAACAUCCAGAAGGGCUCCUUCGGAAAGGUGACCCUAGCUGAUGACGUCAGGACAGGAACCAAGGUCGCAUUGAAGGCCAUGCUCAAGUCUAGCAAAGAGGUGGCCAGAAUGGCCCGCCACGAAACCGCCAUUCUCAAGCUGUUGGGAACGGAGAACCCCUACAUCUGCCAGCUCGUGGACCACUUUGAAACCGACGAGUACAUUGUUUUGGUGCUCGAGUACUGCGAGAACGGCGAUAUGUACGAUGUGAUCCACGCCGAGCUGGCGUCCCACCCGCGUGCCGUGGACGUAUGGAAGUUGGCCAGGGAAAUGUACCUGGGCUUGUCCUACGCCCACUCCAAGGGCAUCUACCACCGGGACUUGAAGCCGGAGAACAUCUUGUUUACCCUGGACGGAUCCGUCAAGAUCUGUGACUGGGGGUUGGCUUCACGUUCUCGUCUUCUGAGCGACUUCAACGUCGGCACAGAGAAGUACAUGGCGCCUGAGUGCUUUGCCAACAGUGCUCUCGCAGAGUCGUCCUACAAGAUCGACUGUCGCUACACAGACUACUGGUCCUUUGGCGUGACGCUUUUGACGGCUGUGUUCGGCACGAGUCCCUUCAAGCCUGUUCGUGCAAACGACGACGUCUGGGGCUCGGCUGACACUUUCCGUCGCAAGAACAAGUCAGUUAAGAAGUCGUUAGAGAGUGACUUCAACUUUAAGAACUUCGUGUUGUACAACAAACCCGAGGUGUUGUACGACAUUUACCCGUCGAUGAACGAGAACUGCUUUCGAAUCUUCACCCGCCUCUUGAAGGUGGGUGGUGUUGACGAAGAUAUUGAUAGCUACGUGCGCAAGAUCGAGCGCAGAGACCUCGAAGCUUUUAUUAAUGAUCUUGAGGAGAAUUGGAAGUAUGGCUUGACCGUGUGGGAGGAAGACGAGCUUUAUGACCUCGAAGACGAUGGCAUAGAGGACCUCUUUGAUAUGGAUGGCUUCACCAAUUCUACCAAGAGAACGGAGUACAAUGAGGAAGAAGAGGAGAUCGAAGAGAAGGAUACUAAGGCCAGCGAGACCUACAUGAGCACCCAGGCGGUGGCUGCGGUCGAGGUUCCGCUGGUCAAGCAGCAUAGCAUUCCUGUGCCGUCGCUCGUGGAGUCGACGUACCAGCCCAAGCUGUGGUACGACUUGGAGGAUGAGCUAGACGACACUGAGUUCAACAAGUUGUUUUCCAGCUUGAGCACUAAGAGCGUGACUCCAAUGCCAAUCGAAGAGAGCAACAAGGCAGUGGAUGAGGAUGGCAGGAACAUUCGCAUAGUGGAGAAGGAGGUGAUGGUAUAA